UUCUUUAAUUGCUUCCUCUGUCUUUUUCCUCUUCCUGUAUCCGGUUAUGGAAGUCUGCUAGAGAGACAUUUAAACGCCGCUGCGCUCAAAUAUACGAUAAUCUUCCGCAUAGGAACCAGAAAAACGACCUCGUUUCAAACACAUAGUUCAAGAUGCCAGUGGCUGUAGGUCCAUAUGGCCAGGGCCAGACCCAGCCCAGCUGUUUUGACCGGGUCAAGAUGGGCUUCAUGAUGGGGUUUGCAGUAGGAAUGGCGGCUGGCGCCAUGUUCGGCACUUUCUCCUGUCUCAGGAUCGGCAUGCGUGGCAGGGAGCUGAUGGGAGGAGUAGGGAAGACCAUGAUGCAGAGCGGGGGGACGUUUGGCACCUUCAUGGCCAUCGGCAUGGGCAUCCGCUGCUGAGGAAGACGAGGAACAACCACCUCCACAACACAACUGUACAGCUCUCGGACUCUUCCAUUAACUACAGCAGCAGCUCUCCGCCUGCUCCAUGCUGUCGCACUCUCAACCAGCAGUCUAGUUUUGUCAAUAAAAGUUCUGAUACAUCAAA